CAAGUGGGGCGGUUUGGGAGGGCGUUGGGAGGAGGCGCCGCUCCGGAGUCGACGCGCGCCCCUUGGCUGCCCAAGGCGGUGGCGGUUGCGAGGUCUGAGCGAGUUGAAUUGCUACUAUUUUUAGAAGAAUGGACUGCUCAGGGUUCAAAAAAUUCAAUAUUCUUCUCUGGAAGAAUUUUACUUUAAAAAGGCGGCGAUGUAUCGCUUUAGUUGUGGAAAUUACCCUAAUGACUUUAUUCAGUAUUGCGCUUUUGGCAACACGCAAAGUCCUUGUUAUAAAGAAGCGCGGCCCUUUUGAUUACCCUGCUCUGCCAGUCAAUAAUGUGCCUACGUUCAUCAGUCUACCUGUCACUUCUCCUUACCCUUGGGAGUUGGCUUACGUGCCUUCCAAAAGUACUGUGGUAUGGAAUAUCAUUGACAAUGUGAAAAAAGAUUUAAACAUUAAUAUGAAAGUUGUAGGCUUUUCUUCAGAAAGUGAUUUUGAAGAUUAUGUUAAGCAAAAGGAUAAUUCCGACAAAGUUCUGGCUGCUGUUGUUUUUGACCACUACUUCAAAAAUAGCAACGAUCCCCUACCACUUCAGGUAAAAUAUUACCUGCGUUUUAGUCAUGUUAAGAAGAGCCAUAUAUUUGGACAUCUUCUUGAAGAGAAAACCUGGUUUACCCAUUCACUCUUCCCUUCUGUGCCUACGGUGGGACCCAGAAAUCCACAUGAUUCAGAUGGGGGGAGUCCUGGGUACAUCAGUGAAGGGUUCGUGGCUGUGCAACAUGCCGUGGACAAGGCCAUCAUGCGGUAUCACAACAGCACUGCGGCACAAGCGCUGCUUAAAGAUGUCCACAUUUUUAUUCAGAGAUUUCCACAUGCAUCAUAUUAUCAUGAUUACUUCUUUCUGUUUUCUGGUAUUUUCAUCCCUCUACUAAUUCUAUGUAUCUUCUCUCUGAAUCAUCUUACCCUUGUCCAAUCCAUCGUGUGGGAAAAGGAAAAGAAAUUGAAGGAAUACCAGCUCAUGAUAGGACUCAGUAAUUGGAUGCUCUGGGCUGCCUAUUUCUUCACUUUCCUCUGUUUGUAUUCUGUUACCAUCAUUGUUUUAUGCAUUAUUUUAUUUGUCAAGAUUGAACCUGCACCUGUGCUUCAAUACAGUGACCCAACUCUUGUCUUCGCCUUUUUACUCUUGUACGCCAUCGCCACAAUAUUCUUCAGUUUUAUGACUAGCACGUUCUUCAGUAAAACCAAUUUUGCUGUUGCCUGGGGAGGUUUGUUGUUUUUUGUCAUCUACUUUCCAGCUAGUAGCCUUUUUAUGCACUAUGCACAGAUGACAUUCAUCAGGAAGCUGGUUUUCUGUCUCAGCUCAAAUUAUGCAAUGGCACUGGGCGUGAAAUUUCUAGUUGAAGCAGAGAAAGGCAAAAUUGGAAUUAAAUGGAGUAACAUUGUCUCAUCACACAAUCUGGACAACUUUUUAUUUGUCUAUGUUUUGGGAAUGUUUGUAUUUGAUGCUUUCUUAUAUGGCCUUGUGACCUGGUAUGUAGAAGCUGUCUUUCCAGGGAAGUAUGGUGUGCCCAAGCCCUGGAAUUUUUUCUUACAGCGCUCUUACUGGUUUGGAGGACCACCUGAGAAAGAACUGAAAACAAAGCAGUUUUAUGAGACGAUUGAAAACCAGUAUUUUGAGGCUGAACCUACUGAUUUAGUAGCAGGUAUCCAGAUCAAACAUUUGUGUAAGGUAUUCCGAGGAAAGAAAACUACCAAAUUGCAAAAUUUCUGUUAUGUCUUCUGUUUGAUUCUAGGUCUCUAUCCUUAUACUAGUGGAAAUGCCUAUAUUAAUGGAUAUGACAUUUCAAAAGAGAUGACUGAGAUCAGAAAAUCCUUGGGCUUAUGUCCCCAGCAGGACCUGUUGUUUAAUUACUUGACAGUAUCAGAACACCUUUAUUUCUAUUGUGUGGUAAAAGGAAUACCCGGAAAUAUGUGUCCCACAGAAACAGACCGCAUGCUGUCUGCUUUUAACCUGCUAGACAAACGUGAUGCAUUUUCAGUGUCACUAAGUGGAGGAAUGAAGCGCAAACUCUCUAUCAUUAUAGCACUUAUAGGAGGCUCUAAGGUGGUGAUACUUGAUGAGCCAACGUCUGGCAUGGACCCAGCCUCAAGGAGAGCCACCUGGGAUCUCCUCCAGCAGUAUAAAGAGAAUCGCACCAUCUUACUGACCACCCACUACAUGGAUGAAGCUGACAUCCUGGGUGAUCGCAUUGCCAUCAUGGUCAGGGGAUCUCUGCGGUGCUGUGGCUCUUCAGUCUUCCUGAAAAAAAUAUAUGGUGUGGGAUACCACAUAGUCAUGGUGAAAGAACCUCAGUGUGAUGUUGAAGAAGUUUCAAAAUUGAUUUGUUAUCAUAUACCAACAGCUACUUUGGAGAACAAUGUUGGAACUGAAUUAUCAUUUAUCCUUCCCAAAGAGUACUCACACAGGUUUGAGGAUUUGUUUACUAUUCUAGAAAAGAGGCAGAAAGAGCUAGGCAUUGCUAGCUUUGGUGCAUCUAUUACUACCAUGGAAGAAGUCUUCCUUAGGGUCAGUCAUAUGGAAGAUUUGGAAACAGAUAAUCAAGCCAUGCAGCCUUCUUCCCAAAGCAGCAGAAUCUCUACCACGAGCCAGAGUAUGAAUGUGACAAGAAAUGUUGAAGAAGUUGCUCCUUCCCUGAAUGAAGACCCUACUAUUAAGAAUAACACUGGAUGUUUCCUCUACAACCAACAGUUCUGCGCUAUGUUCAAGAAGAGGGUGAUCUUCAGUUGGCGUAACUGGAAUCUGGUUCUGCUACAGAUAUUGGGACUUUUAGGUUGCCUGGUCUUUCUCUUACAGACUGGUUAUUCAUCACAGAAUGAUGAGCAGGUCAGGCAAAUGGAUUUGCAUCAGUAUGGUCAAACCAUUGUGCCUUUUUCUAUUUCUGGGGAUCCUCAUUCCACUGCAGAUCUCUUAAAUCACCUUGAGAGAAGGCUAAAGUUGGAAAACCAAAAACUUAAGAAAGUGGAAGGUGACUUACUGAAAUACUUGAAGGAAAAUAAAGAAUGUAUUUUUUUAUGUAUUAUUGCACUUUCUGUUGAAGUGAAGCCGGAUCAAAUAAUAUUGACUAUUCUGUUCAACAAUGAGGCAUACCAUUCACCAUCUGUGUCCCUGGCACUGUUAGACAACAUCCUCUUCAUGUCACUUUCUGGUGAUGACGCUUCCUUAACAAUCUACAAUAAACCUUUCCCACCCCCUACGGAUGGUAAAAAGAAUGAAAGGAUUGUGCUUGGACAUCAGUUGGCCUUAAAUUUACAAUUUGGCAUAGCUCUUUUGAUCAGUGGCUUUUGUCUUCUGACUGUGACAGAAAGAACCACUAAAGCAAAGCACAUCCAGUUUUUGAGUGGGGUCUCCAUCUUUGUGUUCUGGUUUUCUGCUUUAUUGUGGGAUUUCAUCAUCUUUUUCAUUGCCUGUUGCUUAAUACUGGUAGUGUUAAAGUGCUAUAAAUUUGAUAUUUACAUCAUGGAUUACCACAUUCUGGAAACAAUGUCAAUCCUCACACUGUAUGGUUGGUGUGCCAUUCCCUUCGCGUACCUGAUGAGCUUCCUGUUUUCUACAAGUACUUCAGCCUACAUCAAAAUUCUCCUAUUCAACUACAUGACAGGCUCUUUUGGCUUAAUCUUAGACAACACUUUACAAAAUAAAAAGCAGACUAGCCUGUCAAAUGCCACCAGAACCUUUCUACGGAAUUCAUUGCUGGUCUUUCCCAAUUACAACCUUGCUAAGUGCAUCAGCAGCUACACUAACAUCUACCACAUGAAAAUACUGUGCUCCUACUUACAGACACCUGUCUUCUUAAAUUGUAGUAAAGAAAAUACUGAAAAGAAUAUUUAUUCUUUGGAGGAGAGUAUGAUUGGAAAGUAUUUGAUUGCUAUGAGUAUCAUAGGUUUUCUUUCCCUUCUCUUGAUUUUCUUCUGUGAGACUACUUUGUGGAGAGUAAAAACAUUUCUCAAUCAACGUGUUUUCUUUGGCAUCUAUAAGCGAUGCAGAAAGAAUGUAUUAUCUAAGGAAUUAUCUGGGCAAUCUGAAGAUGAAGAUGUACAAAAUGAAAGACAAAGAAUCCUGGGACAACCUCAGGAGUUACUGAAUUCCACAGUGCUUAUUAAGGAACUCACAAAGAUAUAUUUUCAAUGUCCAGCAAUUCUGGCUGUGAAAAAUAUCUCCCUUGCAAUACAAAAGGGGGAGUGCUUUGGAUUACUUGGAUUCAAUGGAGCUGGAAAAACAAGUACCUUUCAAAUUUUGACUGGAGAGGAGAGUGCUACCUCUGGGGAAGUGAUUAUUGAUGGCUACAGCAUCACCAAACACAUCCAAAAGGUGAGGUCAAGAAUCGGCUAUUGUCCUCAGUUUGACGCCUUGCUGGAAUACAUGACAGCCCAGGAGAUAAUGAUCAUGUAUGCCAGAAUAUGGGGAGUCUCUGAGCCCCAGAUUGAGCCGUAUGUGACCAAAUUUUUUAAAUCAUUGGAACUGGAGUCUCAUGCUGACAAGCUCAUCAGCACCUUCAGUGGAGGAAACAAACGUAGAUUGAGUACUGCUAUUGCCUUAAUGGGAAAGUCCUCAGUCAUAUUCCUUGAUGAGCCAUCAACUGGCAUGGACCCAGUAGCCCGACGGCUGCUCUGGAAUAUUCUGACACAGACACGCAAAAGUGGAAAACUCAUCAUUAUAACCUCCCACAGUAUGGAAGAAUGUGAUGCCCUCUGUACCAGGCUAGCCAUCAUGGUACAGGGGAAGUUCAUGUGCUUGGGCAGCCCUCAGCACCUCAAGAACAAGUUUGGCAAUAUUUACAUCAUGAAGGCCAAGGUCAAGUCUAUGGAUAAACUGGAGGAUUUUAAAAUUUUCAUCACAACGAGAUUUCCAGGUAGCAUCCUAAAGCAAGAGAAUCAAGGGAUCCUUACCUACUACAUUCCUAGCCAGGACAAUGGCUGGGGAAAGGUGUUUGGCAUUUUGGAGAAAGCUAAAGAAAUAUUUGAUUUAGAAGACUAUUCUAUCAGUCAGAUAACACUGGAACAAGUCUUCCUGACCUUUGCUAACCAAGAUAAAACAGCAGAUAAUUAUGAAGAAAAAGUGCCAUGAAAUUCAUUCGCAACCAGUGACCCUAAUUUCUUUGUUAGACUACUCUCUAUCACACAUGGCUACACAGAAGGAUGCUCCUGUGUGUGUAUAUCUUGAUGUAAAUACAUAUAUAUAUAUAAAUAUGUAAUAAAGAAUC